AUGUCCUUAACGGUUUACUUGCACACCGUCGCAAUUGUUCUAAGACCCAAGGCCGAACAAGGUGUACGAAGGCUCUGGAUGUCGGGAACUUUGGUAUUCUUGAUUGGAUACAUUGGGUGGCAUGUGGAUCUGCAUCUAUGUUCACACAUGAGCUCGUUGCCAUAUAAUAUGCCGAAUCCCCAAUUGCAUGCUUGGUGGCAUCUCACCGCCUCCUACGGAAGCUAUCUCAUCUGUGUGCUUAUAAUGCACGAACGUUCGAUGAUACUUGGCAAGGGACCAAAGAUACGAUGGAUUGCAUACGUACUGCCGUACGUUGAAUUGCCACAGCCUUCGAUAAAAUAUUAUUCUGAGAAAAAGAGCGCAUUAGAAAGAAUCCCAUUGCUGGCGGCGGAUGUGAAUAAAGCGCAGUAG